AACAAUUGAUUAAAUUAAAUCAAUCACGUAUUUGUUAAUUGAAGCGUUGAUAAUUAAUUAGACUUAAAUCUUAGCAACAGUUAAUUUGAAAAGGGGAGAAAUAAUUAAAUAAAAGAAGAAGAAGAAGAAGAAGAAGAAGAAGAAGAAGAAGAAGAAGAAGAAAAAGGUAGAAUAGAAAGGAGAAGAGAAAGUGGAGGGAAUGAAAUGAAACCCUGAACGAAACGGUUGAAGGGGCAAAGCAAAAGAAAAGCAUAGCAUAGAAGAAGAAUCUGAAUCAUCAUUCAUUGGUUCAUCGAUCCAUUGAUAUUAAUUGUUGUUGAUGAUCGAUGCCAAAAAUGAAGCAUCUUCUGAGAAAGCUUCACAUCGGAGGGGGCGCUGCCACUAUCAAUCACAAUCACAACGCAUUGCCUCACUCUCACACCACUCCAUCUUCUUCCUCUCUUCCCUCUCCCACCGUGGUUUCCGAUCCCAACCCUUCCCAAAACGACACUAACAACACCGUCGUUGAUUUCAAUCUAUUGGAAGAGGAAGAGUUUCAGAUGCAACUCGCUCUCGCAAUUAGCGCUUCUGAUUCCGAUCCCGAUCUCCACGACCCCGCCGAAUCCGCACAGAUCGAUGCCGCCAAACAGAUCAGCCUCGGUUACGCUGCUUCGCUCACUGACAAACAAGCCCUUGUUCAGUUUCAAUCGCUUCGUUAUUGGAACUACAAUGUGAUUGGUUAUGAUGAGAAAGUGAUGGAUGGGUUUUAUGAUGUUUAUGGGAUUACAUCCAAUUUGGCUGAACGGGGGAAGAUGCCGUUGUUGGUGGAUCUGCAAACUAAGCCUGUGUCGGGAGAUGUUGAUUGUGAAGUGGUUUUGGUGAACCGAGUGGUUGAUGUUGAGCUUAGUCAGCUCGAGAGGAAAGCGUGUAGUUUGCUAGAUGAGUGUUGUGUUUCUGGACUGGGACUGAUUUUGAGUGGCUUGCUUCAGAAACUUGCUGAUGUUGUUGUUAGUAGAAUGGGUGGACCAGUUGGUAAUGCUGAUAAAAUUACAAAAAGGUGGGCUAUGAGGAGUUGUGAGUUACGAGAUUCUUUGGGAACUAUUGUCCUUCCCCUUGGCUGUCUUGAUGUUGGACUUUCGCGUCACCGAGCCCUACUUUUUAAGGUACUGGCUGAUAGGAUUAAUAUUCCCUGCAUGCUGGUAAAAGGGAGCUAUUACACAGGAACUGAUGAUGGGGCUGUGAAUUUGAUUAAAGCUGAUGAUGGAAGUGAAUACAUUAUUGAUAUGAUGGGUGCUCCUGGCGCUCUUAUUCCUGCUGAGGUGCCCAGCAGCCAGCUCCAAAAUUGCAGUUUUGCUGUUAGGAGUUGUGCAGAGAUUGUAGGACUACCCAACAACACACAUUUGAUGCUUGAUGAUAAACCUGCUGUGCCGGGAGUCUUGUCAGAUUGUGGUGGAAUUUCGACAGUGGGGAGGGUCCAGAGAGAAGAAUUGUUAGCUAUGGGCAGUCAAAUGAAACCAGAUGAAAUAAAUCAUGUUAAAGUAAAUGAAACUGGGAGAUUUAAUCGUACAGAAGCAUAUGAAUGCUCAUUACAUGAAGAACCAUCACCUGCAGAAAAUAUGCGUGUAAAAGAUGUCUCCAAGUAUGUUCUCAGUGCAGCAAGGAAUCCAGAAUUUGCCCAAAAGCUGCACAAUGUUCUAGUAGAGAGUGGUGCCUUACUUCCUCCUGGUCUUUUUUCAGAUAUAAAUCCCCAAGAUAGGGGUGUAGAUAAAGUAAAUGAAAAAAUUAUUGUUGAUAAUGUUCAAGCUGAUCCCAAUAGAUUGUUAUUAAGCUAUGAAAAGUCUCUCAUAACCUCAUAUGGGGUGGGCUCUGCCAGCGAUACUAGAUUAUGUCAAUCUGCUGACUGGUUAGCUGAUCAGCAAAAAGAGUUGCGAACAGAUGCCGUUGAAUUUUACAAUUCUUUACAUGGUGAUAAGACAAGGAACAGCUUUGUAACUGUUUCUGACAGAGAUAAUGACUUAGAGCAAUGUAAUGCAUUAAAUGUUGAUUCAGUUUCUAUCAAUUUGCAUAGGAUGUGUAAAGAAAAGGGUCCCAAAUCUGCCUUACCCAGGACAGAUCUCUCUUGCAAAAGACAUAAUGAGGAUGAUUGCUUUUGUGAUUAUGAUGAAAAUGGUCUUAGAAACCAUGUUGGAGCUUCUUUUAAUAACGUUGAAUUGGGGAAAGGUUCAGCUGUUCAAAUAAAUGAGACACUGGUCAAUGGAGAUUGUGUCCUAUAUGAUGGUAAAAAUAAGGUUAACCCAGUACUUGGUGAAGGCUCAGAGUGGGAAAUUCAAUGGGAGGAUCUUCGUAUUGGGGAGCGUAUUGGUAUUGGUUCUUAUGGUGAAGUUUACCGUGCUGAUUGCAAUGGCACUGAAGUUGCUGUAAAAAAGUUUCUACACCAAGAUUUCUCUGGGGAUGCACUAACUCAGUUCAAGUCUGAAGUUGAGAUCAUGUUAAGGUUGAGGCAUCCUAAUGUUGUACUCUUCAUGGGAGCAAUCACUCGCUCCCCACAUUUCUCUAUCUUGACAGAGUUUCUUCCAAGAGGCAGUUUAUAUAGGCUAUUGCAUCGUCCCAAUCUUCGACUUGAUGAGAAGAGACGGUUGCGCAUGGCUCUUGAUGUGGCUAAGGGAAUGAACUACUUGCACACGAGCCAUCCUCCUAUUGUCCAUCGAGAUUUAAAGUCUCCAAAUCUUCUUGUUGACAAGCAUUGGGUUGUUAAGGUCUGUGAUUUUGGUCUGUCACGGAUGAAACACCAUACAUUUUUGUCAUCGAAGUCUUGUGCUGGAACGCCUGAGUGGAUGGCUCCAGAAGUCUUAAGAAAUGAGCCAGCCAAUGAGAAGUGUGAUGUGUAUAGUUUUGGUGUGAUCUUGUGGGAGUUGACUACCACAAGGAUUCCAUGGAAGGGUUUGAACCCAAUGCAGGUUGUUGGAGCUGUUGGAUUCCAAAAUAAACGGCUUGAAAUUCCAGAAGAUGUCAAUCCUGUUGUAGCACAGAUAAUACAUGAUUGCUGGCAAACGGAGCCACACUUGAGGCCAUCAUUCUCACAGCUGAUGUCUCGUCUUUACCGUCUUCAACAUUUGGUUGUCCAAAAAACGGGCUCAACACAUUAAAUGAAGUUGUCUAUAUAGCAUAGCUAUUGUAAUAAUACUUGAAGUUGCUCCUUCGUUCAAAGAACCAGAGCAACUAAAGCCUUUUUUCUAUUUUGGUCCCUAUCUUGACAUAUUAAGAGAUUGCUGAACUGGAAAGUGUCAGGUUCAUUCAAAGUCGGGGACUGGGCACAUCCCGUUCAGAAAAGAGCAGGGUCCCUCCCCAGUAUCUGCAUAAGUGCAGCGGAGGUUUAGUUGAAGUAGGUACAAAUGAAGAAUUCCCAGAGGGAAGAAAAGCAAGAAACAAAAAAAAAAAAAA